UUUGGUGACAGCUGGUAGCAAGCAUGUUAACUAGUUUUCUUGUUAAAUACAUUUGUUAGGUAAAGCAAACACAUUGGACACGAAGGUAUUUCCUCUGCAGUCAGUCGCGUUUGAGAACAAAUCGAUGCAUCCAAUAAAAUCGGUUAGAUAACUGUCCUUUUGCAACAGCAAAGUCAGGUUUGGCCCAACGACAAAAUGGAAUCAGAAUGUUCAGAAACCAACAGUGCAGCUGGGCUGUCUUGUACCGGUCUUCCUGUCCCCUCCCUCCGCCUCUUGGUCCCACCCCUUCAGCUUAUGUCUGCGUCCAUAUGGCAGGUGUUUCAACGGCGGGAUGUCACAAGUUAUGCCAUGCUGGCGGAGUUUGUCUGUUUGGUGACAGAGAUGGUCCCUGAACUGCUGAUCUAUAGGCACAGGGCCCAGCUUAUUUUGGGGUUGCAAGCCAGGCACAUUCUGGAGUUGUGUCGCGGUGAGCGCCCUGUUGACCCCCAGGUCAUUUUAACCCAACUUCACAAGAUUCAACCGUUUAUCCCCAGCAGUAAUGAUGCAGGUGACAUGGAGGUUGAGUCCUCAGGGACUAAUUUCCUGGAGCUGGUCCAGACCCUGCUGAAAGACGUUGAUCAGAGGGAAACAUUUUUCAAGGAUAUAUUCCCAGUAGAGUUUGGACCGCAAUAUGACCUUGAGCUCCAGACACUAAUGUGGGAGUUCCUGUCUAGAUUGGUACAGCUGUUGCCGACCCCUGACCUGGAACAGACAAUUGAAUGGCUCGGUUCUGCCACCUCAGUCUUGGAUGAUUGUGCACGCGUUGUGUCUCAUCCGAUGGAUCUGAAGUGUCUUCUCCAGCACCACAAACGUCUUGGAUAUUUGGAGCAGCACGUACCCCACUGUGCCAUGGGCGACUAUAUCCUCUCCUCUCUCUCCAUCAGUCCUCAUAGUAGAACGGUGCUUGAUACUGAGAAGACCACAUGCUGCCAGUCAGAACCUUCUCAGGAGUUUCGGGAGACCGCCAGCCUAGUGUCUUCGGUGGAUGACCUUGAGGUGGAAGUUGUGACCCUGACGGAGUACGCUGAGGUCGAGUUAGGUUCGAGUCUGGAGGUUGUGGAACUAUGUGAUGGGAAUAACGAGGAAGGGCAGAUCGUGUUACAUAAGGACAAGAAGCCAGAGGAAACGCCCACUGAAGAAGAGGUGGGGGGAACAAAGAGUGCCAUGCAGGAGCAGGAUGGGGUCUUGGAGAGCAAUUCAGAUCUAGGUGAAGCAGAGGUUGAUGUCAAAUCCUCCAGACAAUCAAUCCCCUCUGUGGCCCACAACUGCUCUGUCUGUGAGAAGAGCUUUAAAUUUGCCUCUGCACUAAUUGCCCAUCAGGUCAUCCACACAGGAGAGCGUCCAUAUGUGUGCAACCUGUGCGGCCGGUGUUUUUCCUUUAGACAGUCGCUGGAGAGGCACAAACAUACACACAAGGACGGACGCAUUUACAACUGCCUGAUCUGUGGGGAAACCUUUCAGUCCUUAUCAGCACGCACAGAGCACAAGAAGAGCCACACAGAGCAUGGUGCUUACCAGUGUACACAGUGCAGCAGGACGUUCAGCUGGGAGUCGGCCAUGGUGAGACACCUGAAGAGUCACACGCAGCCCGCCGAGAUCAGGCCGCAAGAGCCUACGAGAAGCUUUAAGUUGGAGCAAGAGGAUGUGGAGAAUCAAGAGGUUGUAGGAAAGGUCGCCGUCAAUACCCCUGAAACGGAUCCGACGUUUGAGGAUGAAGGGAAAUCCCAUCACAGUCCGCAGGAAGGACGGAGUCGGGGUGGAGCCUCCAGUUCUUCUGAGCCAUCGGUGUCUGGACUCCUGGAUGAGGUCAGAUCCCCGGUCCAGGUCCGUACCAGCGGCAGGAAGUCUAAACCAACCCUGAAGGUGCAAAUGGUAAACUUGCAGAAACGCAAGGGAAAGGUCACGACCCCAAAGAGGACUGGAACCUUGAUAAACCCCAAAUGUUCCAAACCGUUGGCCUUUAAGAGUGAGGAACACUCCUAUGGGUUUCCUACAGUCUCAACGGAGGAAGGAGAUACAGGUUUGUCUGCCGGCAGCUCCUCGCCUGUGUUCUCCGGUCCCAAAUGUUCAUUUGUCGCCAGCGACGCGGUACAUGUUCAGCCGCACACUGAGACGGUACACUCCGGGGAAAGGCAGGAGGACUCCAAGUCCGCUCAACACCAAACGGGUCCAGCUGGGCUCUACGAUUGCCCCGACUGUGAUAACAGCUUCAAGUUUCAGUCGUUACUGAAGUACCAUCAGCGCGUCCACACCGGCGAGCGCCCGUUCGUUUGCUCUCACUGCGGACGACGCUUCUCCUUCAAGCAGUCGCUGGAGAGGCACAAGCAGACACACAAGGACGGGCGAAAGUACGAGUGCCCCAUCUGUGGGCAGAGUUUCAAGUGCCUGUCGGCUCACGUGGAGCACACCAAGAGCCACAUGGAGAACGGCGUGUACCGCUGCUCCGAGUGCGGCCGGACGUUCGCCUGGAAGUCGGCGCUGGUGAGGCACCUCCGGAUUCACACGGAGAACGCCGCCGUGACCGAGCGCUCCCACAAGUGCCCCCGAUGCGACUUGGCAUUCAGCAGCGGCACGUACCUUAGCAGGCACCUGCUCACACACCAAGAAGAGAGGUCGCACGUCUGCAGCUGUGGCAAGGCCUUCGCCUACAAGACUGCCCUGACCGCGCACCAGCGCACCCACCUCAAAGAGAGGCCUCACCAGUGCAAGCAAUGUGGCAAGGGAUUCCUCUACAAGGGCGGGCUGGUGAGCCACAUGAAGAUCCACUCGGACGAAAUGCCGUUCAUGUGCUCAUUCUGCGGCAAGAGCUUCAAGAGGGAGCGCAACAUGAAGAAGCACGAGUGCUGCCACACCAGGGAGAACCUGUACAGCUGCUCCCAGUGUGACAAGACGUUCGUCUACAAGGCCACGCUGACAAGGCACGAGCUGACCCACUCGGGGGAGCGGCCGUUCCUGUGCGCCGACUGUGGCAAGGGAUUCUUCUCCCACGCCGAACUCCUGAAGCACGAGCGCUUCCACACCGGCCACAAGCCUUUCCAGUGCCCGUACUGCGGGAAGAAAUUCACCCAGUCCUGCUACCUGACCAUUCACUUGCGUUACCACACCGGGCUGCGGCCUUACUCGUGCACCUACUGUGACAAGUGCUUUCUCAGCGCCAACCGCCUAAAGAGGCACACAAGAACACACACCGGGGAGAAACCCUACCUGUGUUCCGAGUGCGGGAAAGGAUUCAAGCAGUCGUAUCACCUCAAGAUGCACCAGCGGACCCAUGCCACUAAGAUAUGCUAAGGUAUGCGUACCUCGGCUUAGGCUUAAGUCAGAUUGUUUAGUAGAAUGUUUUAUGGGUUACAUUUGCACUUAAUAACAGACAGUUUUUUUUCUCCAGAGAUUAUCUGAUUGGAUUACUCCAUAGGAUAAAACGUUUAAAACUGGGAUUUCCCAAA